AUGGCUGCCCAUAUGCGCUUCCCCCUGCAUGUUUGGUCAGGCUAUAAUAGCAGCAAGUUGGGAGCCGCUCGAAUUUUUGAAACUCUUCGAUUCGAGUACCCUGAGGUCCGGCUCAUGAGAAUCCACCCGGGAAGCGUUGAAUCCGACAGAUUUACCAGAUCUGGAGCUUCCGAACCUCCGGGCGGGAUGACAGAUGGUGCCUUAUCAGGUCAAUUCUUUGCGUGGGCUGCAACCGACGAAGCAGAAUUUGUGAGAGACCGAUUUCAUUGGGCGGAAUGGGACAUAGCAGAACUCGAAGCGAAGAAAGCCGAAAUCAUUGAGAAAGAUCUCCUUUUGAUAACCAUAGGUGGCUUUAGCAAAGGAUUCUGGGGAUCCAGUCGACAAGAGAUAAUCGCAGACAACCACCAGUCACCUGUGGCGCAGAUAGAAAGGUACGAAUAA